UGAUGUGUAGGAGAGAGGGUGUGAGGUGGAGGAGAGAUGAUGUGAAGAUGUUUGUAAGGAAAAAUGAGAAAAAAUGGAUGAGUGUGAGUUAUGUGAGUGUAGUGAGGAGAGAGGAGAGAGAAGAGAGGAGAGAGAGAAAAAAUGUGUUUGUGAAAGGGGCAAGUGAGAGAAAAAAUAUGAUUGGUUGGGCAUGUGCCAACUAGACAUCUUAAAGAAUGAGAAAAAAUGCCCCUUAUUGGAGAUGCUCUAAGCUGAAUCCACCAUCUCCAUCUCUCUUCUUCACCAUCACCAUCUCUCUUCUUCAAAAAUACAUUCAAAUUUACAGUUGGGAGUUCUUUAAUGCCAUAAAAACACACAGAGCUUCAUCAAUUUCAAGUGUAACCACAUUCUCUCCUGUUUCCAUUCUCCCACCACCACCAUCUCUCAUCUCUCCUGUUUCCAUUCUCCCACAGUAUCCAGAGUAUCUGGAGGUGAUAUUAACGCUUGAUUUUGACGAAUUAAGUGUUAACUGCACCGGACCACCGCCGCAUCCACCCCUUCACCCACCGCCGCCUCUAACCCACCACAAUCAACCACCCACCACCGUACGCCCUUUAUGGGUUUCAUCUCUUCUUCUCUUUUAUUAUUAUUUUACCCACAAUCAUACACUCUCAAUCUCAAUCUGCCCCCAACGAUGCUGCUGUAAUGCUAGCCCUCAAAACCAACCUCACUCCAAAAUCACUCGACUGGUCCGACCCCAACCCCUGCAACUGGAAACAAAUCCAAUGCUCCAGAGACAACCGGGUCACCCGGAUCCAACUCCGUAACCGGAACCUCCAAGGCACUCUGCCUCGAACCCUCAACACCUUAACACAACUUCAAGUUCUCGAGCUUCAAAACAACCAACUCACUGGUCCGCUUCCGAGUCUCUCCGGGUUGACUCAGCUUCAAUUCCUCCUACUCAGUUACAACAAUUUCACCUCAAUCCCUUCCGAGUUCUUCACCGGUAUGUCUUCGUUACAAUAUGUUUACCUCGAUUACGUCACCUUUUCCUCAUGGGUUCUUCCAGAAACUCUAAAAUCUGCAUCAAGUUUACGAGUUUUCUCCGCCACGUCAGCAAACAUUACCGGAACCAUCCCAGAUUUCUUUGGCCGCGACUUCUUCUCCAGGCUCACUACCCUUCAUUUAGAUUUUAACUCGCUUGAGGGCGGGAUACCCGACUCGUUUUUUGGUUCUUCUAUUCAAAGCUUGCGGUUAAACGGUCAAAACAGCCGGUCAAAGUUAAACGGAACCCUUGAUGUUUUAGAAAGCAUGAUUCAAUUAACUGAAGUUUGGCUUCACGGGAAUAUGUUUACCGGCACCUUACCCAAUUUUUCGGGUUUGAAUGAGUUGCGGACCUUUAGUGUUAGAGAUAAUAGUUUAAUCGGUCCGGUUCCGGAGUCGUUAACCGGGUUACAGUCUCUUAAAGUUGUGAAUUUGACUAAUAAUAUGUUCCAGGGACCGAAACCGAGUUUUGGUAAGUCGGUUGAGGUCGAUUUAUCAGGUAGGAAUAGUUUUUGUUUGCCCGAUCCGGGUGUUGGGUGUGAUGAUCGGGUUAAUAAGUUGCUUGCGGUUGUGAAAUCGGUUGGGUAUCCGCGGGUUUUUGCGGAUCAUUGGAAGGGGAAUGAUCCUUGUGCAUCUUGGUUAGGGAUUAAUUGUUCACCUGGUGGGAAUAUUACUGUGGUUAAUUUACAAGGAAUGGGGUUAACCGGGUGUAUUUCGCCUGAUUUCGCGGCCAUUAAGUCGCUGCAGAAGUUGCUUCUUGCGGAUAAUAACCUUUCGGGGAUGAUUCCGGAUGAGCUUAAGGAUUUGCCGAUUUUGGUAGAGCUUGAUGUUUCCAACAAUCAGCUUUAUGGGCCGGUUCCUGAGUUUAAGCAGAGUGUGAAGGUGAGAACCGAAGGGAAUGUUGAUAUUGGGAAGGACGGGCCUAGUACGACUCCGGUUUCACCUGGUGGUGGUCGAAAAGGCGGUGAUGGUGGGGGUGGUGGGAAGACUGGGGUGGUUGUGGGAUCAGUUGUAGGCGGGUUGGUGGUGGUCGCCGGUUUGCUAGGUGUCUGACAACACGCGUAAACGGAAGCGUGCUAGUGGUGUACAUCCUCGCCAUUCGACUUCGGAUAAAUAUAUAGUGACAUGUUUGUAAGAAAUAAAUGGUUUUAUUUUAUUGAAUAUUGGAUAGGAAUUCAGUGGCGGAGCUUGACUAAAAGUUUCGAGGGGGCGUAAAGUAAUGGGACCCAAAAAACUUUUUUCCUAUCGUUAUGUUUCGGUUCGGGUCGGGUUGGCUAUUCUAUUCAAAUCGGG